GAAGGUUGCAUGGCCAUGGGCUGUGUUGCACAUCCUCUGAGGCUGGGAGAAGUCGAGGAUUUCUAACUCCAGGCCCAUUAGUGCAGUGACUCAAUAGCCAGAACUUAUAAUGAGUCAGUAACUGCAAUAUAAUCACGUGAAAUUGUUUCUGUCCAGGUGGGAGAAGGGGAAGUUCCAGCAACCAAUGGAGAUUUCUCCUGAACUGGAAAAGAGACUCAGUGAUUUCUCCCAGAAAAAUGUCGCUCUGAUGAAGACUCUAGGGAAAUUCAAAGACAUUCUGCCAGCUAAAUUGGAGAUAAGAAGAGGGGAACCCCUAGAAGCACACAGACAGGUGUGUGUGACUCUGGAUCCAGACACGGCUCAUCCCCAGCUCAUCCUGUCUGAGGAUCUGAAAAGUGUGAGCGGUGGAGACACGCGGCAGCGACUGCCCAACAACCCUGGGAGAUUUGACACUGUGUACUAUGUGCUGGGCUGUGAGGGAUUCACCUCGGGGAGACAUUGCUGGGAGGUGGAGGUAGGGGGUGGGCGAUUCUGGGCCGUAGGGGUGGCAAGAGAGUCUGUGAGGAGGAAGGGAUGGAUCAGCCGUAGCCCUGAGGAUGGGAUCUGGGCUGUGGGGCAGUGGAAGGGUCAGUUCCAGGCCCUCACCUCCCCGGAGACCCGUCUGCCCUGGCGCCGGGUCCCAAAGAGGAUCCGGGUUUGUCUGGACUGUGACCGGGGGCAGGUGACAUUUAUCACUGCUGGUGACAAGGCCCCGAUCUUCACUUUCCCGCCGGGCUCCGUCCCUGGGGAGAGAAUCCGACCCUGGCUCUGGGUGGGGGACAAAGACACCUGGCUCAUACUGUAUCCCUGAGGGGGAUUUUCCCACCCAUUCAAAAAUACAACAGUCACUGAAGAAGACGACAUUUUGAUUACGAGGCAUGGGCUAAUCCCAUAAGAGACCCCAAACAACAAUUCAAAGUUAAAUUCUUUAAC